AUGGAACAAACCAACAAGAACGAAGUCCCUCCCGAAAAGACCCUCGUGGUCGCUUCGGACGAGAGUGCUCAGCGUGCACCUGGCGUCCUGGAUGUCCUUGUACAAGGUGUCGCUCUCUUCUCUGAUGGAUACAAUAUCCAGAUUAUUGGAUACAUGAACACUGUUCUUGCCAAGCUGUACCCAAAGGAGAUGACGCCUGAAGUCAAGACUAGACUCUCCAACUCGAUCCUUAUUGGUGACAUUUUUGGUAUGCUUCUCUUUGGUCUCUGCAUCGAUCGUUUCGGAAGACGUAUUGGUAUCUUCCUCACGACCUUUUUCUUGGUUCUGGGUAUCAUUAUUGCCACUGCCUCUCAUGGUGCAACCGUCGAGGGAAUGUUUUGGAUGAUGGUCAUUGGUCGAGGUGUUGCUGGUGUUGGAGCAGGCGGAGAGUAUGCCGUGUGCACUGCACAAGCUGUUGAGUGCGCUGACAGUACUGAGGCCAUGCAGAAGCGCCGCGGCAUGCUCGUUGCCGUUGCAACCAACGCUGCCAUCAUCUCGGGCUUUGUCGGCUCGAGUAUCGUGUCGCUAAUCGUCAUCGCUGCCUACAAGGGUGAGCCAAGCGAUGGCAUCUGGCGUAUCUGCUUUGGCAUCGGUAUCAUUCUCCCUCUUGCCAUCUUCCUCUUCCGUCUCCGACUUGUCGACUCCACUCAGUACAACAGGCACGCUAUCAAGCGCAAGGUGCCAUACAUGCUCGCCAUCAAGUUCUACUGGAAGCCUCUGCUCGGAUGCUGCUCUGCCUGGUUCCUCUACGACGCUGUUGUCUACCCAUUCAACCUCCUGGCUCCCACUCUGGUUGCCGGCUUCUCGGAUAACCAGACUAUGCAGGAGUCAAUCGGUUGGUCGGCUCUUAUCAACUUCUUUGCCCUUCCAGGUGCCUUUAUCGGCGCCACGCUCAUGGAUCGCAUCGGUCGACGACAGACUUAUGCUCUAGGUUGGGCCAUUGUCUGCGUCUUCGGAUUUGUCAUUGGAGGCACAAUGUUCCCUUUGAGCAGCUCAUCCGCUUUCCCCGCUUUCGUGACUCUUUACGGUCUAUUCCAGACGUUCCUUUCUGUGGGACCCGGUGACUGCAACUUCCUAGUGAGCAGCGAGAGUUUCCCUACACCGCUUAGAGGACAUUUCCUUGGCUUCGCUGCGGCUGUAGGCAAGGCUGGUGCUGCCGUUGGCACAGAGGCGCUGAGCAAGGCCCUUACUAGCUUUGACGAUAGACUCAAGGGUCAGCAGGUAGUGUUCCUCAUCGGCAGUGGUAUUUCUGUCGUCGGAACUUUGUGCGUGUGGUUCUUGAUUCCCAACCACCCUAAAACAUUGGAGGAGGAGGAUGCCCGCUUCCGGGCCUACUUGGAGGAGAACGGUUAUGACGUCAGCCAAAUGGGACUCAAGGGUUAG